AUGUCAUGAGAUCUGACAAAGGGAGAAAUGUUUGCAGUGAUAUAUGCUCACUUUAUGGGAGCUGCGUUCCAGGCAUUGAUGGUUCUUGGAGUAGUAGUAUGAUAUUCAUAUUGUGGAAAUGAUGGAGAGGGAUAUGCAAGAUUUUCUAAGUCUUUUGGAAGCAAUAUUAGCCAUGAUAUGAUCGAUGACAAUCAAGAAAUCAUGCUGAAUCCUGAGAGAAAUCUGAUUGAUCCUGAAGAAAUGACAAUAUGGAGCAAAUUUGGCUAUGAAAUACUUUUCAUGGCAGCCAACCUCUCUUAUUAUAUAGCUGUUUUUGUACUAAUUUUCACAGCUACAAAAACAGAUUUUGAAGAUACUUGGACAUGCAAACCUGUUGGUUUGUUCAUCUACAUAAUCUCAUUCAUUGUAAUCAACAGAGACUUCUGAAUAAUAAUGUACAGAAUGCUUGAAUAUGGUUACUAUCCGCCUGUCCAUAUCCCGAUCUUUUUCUAUCUUUUCAUAAUCUGACUUUUAGCCAAUGAUAUCUCUAUAUUUGGGUGAAUGGUAAUACUUUCAAACUUCAAGAGGAUCAGAGAAUUAGAAGAUUGGAAGCAUAAUUUCAUAGCAAUUGUCUUGAACCAUUUCUUUCAAAUUUUAUGAAUAAUUGGGAGCUUCUUCAUCAAACCCUAUUUUGAGUUCUUCACCAACAAUAUCUUCACUGUUGUUCUCCAGAACCUCUUUUGGCUUUCUCUGGUGCUGUACACUUUCAUCAGACAGAGAAGAAUCCAUGAGACAAAGGAUGGACUCAAGUCUUGGUUUGAAUGGGCAGCAACUCUGUGUAUCAGUCUCCAUCUGACAUUCACAGCAAAUUACUUUUACAUUUUUGAGAGUGGCUACCAUUCAACUGCAGUCAAAGUUGUUUUGGUUGUGGUGUUUGCUUUGAUUCAUAUAUCAUUAAUAAGCACUUACAUGAUUCAUCAGUCAUACUUUUUAGGCUCAUAUGUCCCAUAUUUUAAUAGAUAUUGGAGUAAUGAACUUGUUUCUAUUCAUAAAGUAUUAGUAAAUAACCAUCUUGAAAAUAAGGAUAACCCUCAGUGACAAUACUGUACCAAUCUGCUAUCAGAGCCAUGCCUAGAGUAUCUUAGUGAAGAGGAAAGAUCGAAGAAAUCAUACAAAAUCUUCAAAAAGCACCCAUCAACUUGAAUCCAGACAAACUGAAACCAGGUUUUACAUCCCCAAUGCUUACAGAAAGUUCUGCCUUUCAAUAAAAAUUGUCCAUUUUGAAAUAACAGACUAGUUCCGUUUGUCAAAAUAAAGAAUGUGUACAUAAAUGUCUGCAGAUAACCAAAAUAAAUUAUCCAAGUGAUUCAAUCUGAA